CACUUCGCCAUGGCGGGAAGUUUGAUGCGCGGCCUUGCAGAACACGGUCAUCAAGUUGACGUCUACAGUCAUUUCCCUCUGAAGCAAUCGAUACCAAACUACAAGGAUUACAGUUUGGCCGGUACAUUGCCAGAUCUAAUAAACAAUUUGACUUAUCAGGUUCUGACUCAGGAAUUGGCUACUUCUAUGUCAUUGAGCAAAUGGAUUGAAAUAUCCGGUUUGUCUGUUUGCAAACUGAUGGAUCUGCCGGUUUUUCGAAGGCUUUUCGAGGAGCCACCCAGCGAUCCAGCCUACGACCUGAUUGUGACUGAGGCAUGCCUUUCUCUGUGCUAUCUCGCGUGGAAUCGUCGACUCAACGUACCGAUGGUCGACUUGAUGACAACCGUACCUCCAGACUGGAUACACUCAGUGCACGGUAAUCCCCAGAAUUUGGCCGUAGAACCAUCUAUGGUAACACGAUACAUGCCUCCAAUGACGUUUCUGGAGCGUCUGGACAACGUCAUCACUAGUUACAAAACUGUAGCGACAUUUUACUCGGGUAUGCGUGAACAGGACACAUGGGUGCAACAAAACUUUGGGCCUGGCUAUCCAUCAGUCGUUGAUAUGCAGAAGGAUCUGGCCUUGCUGCUAAUCAAUUAUCAUCCAGCUUUGUACGGUCGGAGAACUUUUGUGCCGUCCAUCAUACCCGUAGCUGGAAUGCACGUUGUUGAUCGCAACGAGACUCUGCCAAAGGAUCUACAAAAGUGGCUCGAUGACAGCGAAGCGGGCUUCGUAUACUUUACUUUCGGCUCGAUGGUCCGGAUAGAGACCUUUCCCAAACCGAUACUCCAGUCGUUUUACGAAACUUUCGAAAAAAUCGCACCGGUUCGCGUGCUCUGGAAAAUCGUCCAGCCAAAAGAGCUUCCACCCAAUCUGCCGAGCAACGUCAUGACGCAAACUUGGCUGCCGCAAGUUCAGAUUCUCAAGCACAAGAACAUCCGGGCGUUUAUAACGCAUGGCGGACUGAUGGGAACGCACGAAGCUAUUUACUACGGCGUCCCAAUGGUAGGCAUCCCUCUGAUGACCGAUCAGCAUUUCAAUAUCAAGACUUACGUGACGAAGGGAAACGCUGUCAAGGUCGAGUUACAAGAGAUAACCACGGAGAAAUUAACGAGCGCCGUCAGCCAAGUGUUGAAGAAUCCGGUGUACAAGAUUCUUAGAAAAAAUGCAGCACAACUCAGUAAAAGCUUUCGAGAUCAGCCGAUGAGCCCUAUGGACACUGCUGUCUUUUGGAUCGAGUACGUUGCACGCCAUGGGAAAAAUGCCCUCAGGUUACCCGUCGUGGACAUGCCCUGGUGGCAAGCUAAUUUGUUGGACGUUUAUGGGUGUAUUAUAGCAGCAGUUUUAAUUGCAAUUUACGCAGGCUUUAAGAUUAGAAAAAUAAUGAAGUUGGUUACAUCAAAAUGUAGUUUUAAUAAGACGAAUAAAAAGAAAACUAAUUAAUCACGAUAGAUAGGUCAACUAUCACACUGUCGGUAGAUGAAGUAAAGUGUAGAAUACGCCUAAAUAAUUACGCUGUUAGAUUUGCAAUGUAUACCUUCACUGUAUAAUAAUUACUUGUAUAUAUUAUUCGCGUUUAUAUAUAAAGAGUAAAUUUCAUAGGGAUGAACUUGACUUUAAAUAA